GCCGGGCCGUGCCGGCCCCUUCCCAUGCGGGCGGCGCGGGCCCAGGGAGGGGCGCCCGGAGCCAGCCGCGCAGCAUGCACUGGGGGGUUGGCUUUGCCUCGUCCAGGCCGUGCGUGGUGGAUCUGAGCUGGAACCAGAGCGUCUCCUUCUUCGGCUGGUGGGCCGGGUCCGAGGAGCCCUUCUCCUUUUAUGGGGACAUCAUCGCUUUCCCUUUGCAGGAUUACGGUGGGAUCAUGGCAGGGCUGGGCUCCGAUCCCUGGUGGAAGAAAACCCUUUACUUGACCGGGGGAGCUUUGCUGGCCGCAGCUGCGUAUCUGCUCCACGAACUCCUGGUCAUUAGGAAACAGCAAGAGAUUGACUCCAAAGAUGCUAUUAUUUUGCAUCAGUUUGCAAGACCUAACAAUGGUGUCCCCAGUUUAUCUCCUUUCUGUUUGAAAAUGGAAACUUAUUUAAGGAUGGCUGACUUACCCUAUCAGAACUAUUUUGGUGGAAAACUCUCUGCUCAAGGGAAAAUGCCUUGGAUUGAAUAUAACCAUGAAAAAGUUUCUGGCACAGAAUUCAUUAUUGACUUUCUGGAAGAGAAACUUGGAGUGAAUUUGAACAAAAACCUUGGACCUCAUGAAAGAGCUGUGUCCCGUGCGGUGACCAAGAUGGUGGAGGAGCACUUCUAUUGGACAUUAGCUUAUUGCCAGUGGGUGGACAAUCUCAAUGAGACCCGGAAGAUGCUCUCUCUUAGUGGUGGUGGUCCCUUCAGUAACCUGCUGAGGUGGGUCGUGUGCCACAUAACAAAAGGAAUUGUGAAGCGCGAGAUGCACGGCCAUGGCAUUGGCCGCUUCUCGGAGGAAGAGAUUUACAUGCUGAUGGAGAAGGACAUGCGCUCCUUAGCAGGGCUCUUGGGUGAUAAGAAGUACAUCAUGGGGCCCAAGCUUUCCACUCUCGAUGCCACUGUCUUUGGACACUUGGCACAGGCAAUGUGGACCUUACCAGGGACAAGACCUGAGCGGCUGAUCAAAGGGGAGCUGAUCAACCUUGCCAUGUACUGCGAGAGGAUAAGGAGGAAAUUCUGGCCCGAGUGGCACCACGAUGACGACAACACCAUCUAUGAGUCGGAGGAGAGCAGUGAAGGCAGCAAAACGCACACUCCCCUGCUGGAUUUCAGCUUUUACUCAAGGACAGAGACCUUUGAAGAUGAGGGCGCGGAGAACAGUUUCUCCAGAACCCCAGACACGGAUUUCACUGGACACUCGCUCUUUGAUUCUGACGUGGACAUGGACGACUACACAGACCACGAACAGUGCAAGUGACAUCCCUGCCAGUGACAUCAGGCCUUUGUUGAUCCAUUUCCUUUGGAUCUGCCACUCUCUGGGGGUCGAUCGAUCUCCCAGGUAGAAAUCCAUCUGAGCUGGGAGAAGACUCUUCCUGCUUGGCCCAGUUUUCACACACUAACUGGACUGUAGCCGCCUUAUUUCUUUUUUGUAAAAAUGAAACACAGAACCAUUCAGAUGGCUCCAUUGAAAACAAACAGGCAAAAAAAAAAAAAAAAUCAGCAUGGUUCCUGAAAUCCAUUUUUGUUUUCAUUAGAAAACUAAUAUUGCGUGGUAGAGCAGGUGAGUGAGCGGGCCAUCAGCUGAUAGUGUUUGUACUGAUCCUCGGCAGCUGAGUCUUAGUUGUGAGAUGGAUUCUUGAACAUCCUUCAUCCACCAGGGUUUGAAGUAAUGGGAGAUACCAUCAGAAAAAACAAAUCGAGGAGAUGAAUGUUUCUUGGUGGCUGCUUGUACUUCAUGUAUGUAUAUUGUAUGUUGAGAUGUGGGUCAAAAUCCACAGAUAUGCAAUGAACACCUACUAUGUGCAAAGCACUGUGCUAGGUGCUAAUCCAUGUAAGUUUUAUUCUAAGCUCUGCCAGUGGCUAACUGUGUGAUUUUGGGCAAGAACCUUAACUAUUGUGUGCCUCAUUUCUCCCACCUGUAAAGUGGGGCUGACGAUACUCUCCACCUACCUACCUCACAGGGGUGUUGUGGGGAUUCAUUUGGUAACAUUCGUGCAGUGCUUUUAAACUUCUUGGAAGUGGUGUGGCAUGAACACAUCAUUUAAUUUUUUAUUGUGCUUCAUAUGUGUGAAGAUCUGAGGGCCAAUAAAUUCCAUAUCCAGAGAGCAACCACCACAGUCACUUAUAAAAGCUGAGCAGUUGAAACACAAGCAAAGCCACAGUUAGGACUUAGUCAUCAUUCCUCUUUGUGAUCUUUCUUGAGUCAAAAUCUUUUAUUAAAAGAAUGUUGGAAAUAUUUUUAUCAGUCAUCAUUAGCUACAAAUGGUUUUCAGUUCUACUGUGUAUUUUCGGAAAAGUGUUGUUUUCAUUGUCUGAACUCACACUGGAAUGUUCUUUGUUGCCUCCAGAGUGUUAAGUUGCCAUGUUGGAUUAAUUGAGAGAGAAUAAAUUUCAGGAAUAUGGUGGGUUUAACAGAGACGCAGGGGAAAGUAUUUGAUUGACUUUUGUAGGCAGAAGCUUGCCAACUUGUAAUGUCCUAUGAAAACAAACCUUGCAAAGGUGAAGUAGGAAGAGGAUCAUGUUCCUUGUAUCAAAGCACUCUGCAGUGAUAGAUCAUAUGCAGUUUCAUUUGUGCAGCUUUUCUGGUGUUUCCAGCCAUUCCCGGUGUAGCGGGGCAACGCUGAGGACAGAUCUUAGUGUUUCUUCCGGACUUCCCAUCCCUUCACAUCCUCCCUCCCUCUCCACAGAGCACAUAAACUGUUGGAGUUACCCAUAUUUGUGAAGGCACUCCCUCUGAAGACCUGGUUCUUCUUGACAUAGGAUUUCAGGGGAAAUAGGGGUAAGGGUCCUAUGUGAUGGCAGUGGAUUUGGGAUAGAAGAGUCAGUGUACCUGCAAACAAAGCUACUUUGCUUCUAACUGACUGGGGCAAGGAAUGCUUUUAAAGAGGCACUUCUUAAAAGAAGUUUCUGGAAAAUUCAUGAAGUUUGCUUGAAAAAGAAACUCUGAGUGAAGAUCAUAGGCAGCAAUCUUAAAAGACUGCUGUGGAUUCUCAGAGAGGUAAAGGGGGAGAGAUUAUGAGGCUGUUUACCAAUUAAGCAACUGCAGGGCAUUUGUAACUGGGAAUAAAUGCUGAGAUACCCUCAUUUAGAAAUUCUUAUUCCACAGAAAGUGUAGCUGUGAAUAUUUUAUUAAAACCACUACUCUUGGAAAGGUCUGUCUGAUGUUUAAUGAGAAUGUGGUGGAGAAGAUAUACAUGAAUAAGCCUGUUUUAAGUCUCCAGCCCACUUGUCUCCUCUCUCUUCAGCAAGUGUGUUCUAAGGCCAGCUGGUAGCAGCUCUGUGUACCGAGGGAAACUCCUGGCCCAGAAAUGUGAUUAUAAUGAGCAAGUGGACUGUAGACCUGUCUCCACAAAGAUUGAGUUGCCCUUUCCCCACCCUUAGCUGAAAAGAAAGUUUGAAAUUUUGCCUACAAUUUAUUAUUACUGUAUAGCACCAAUGUGAUGCAUUUUGCUAUAAGGAUGAUUAAGUAUGAGUGUGUAGAUUCACAUGGCUUUUACUGUGUAUUACUUGGAGCAAGUAUGUGGAAAGCCAGUGUUCAAAGUGAGGUUAGAACUAUAUUCAUUUCAUCCAGGUACCUCCCACAGAGGCAUGAAUGGACAUUGCCACCUGAGGCUCAGGACCUGGUAUUCAUCGUUUUGUAUGGAACCCUGGAAUAUACCCCAGUUUUACUUUAUGGAUUAUGAAAUCCAAAUGACCAAAACAAAAAUCACUGUAGUGUGAGAGGGCUUUAAUUUUUAUGUGCUUUAUUCUUGAGCUACCUGGAUUUGAAGUGUUCUCCAAUUUGACGAACAGGUGCUACUUCUAAGAAAAACAACAGCAGCGGCAAGAAAUUAAGGAACAUUUUGGUCAUCUAGCUCACUUAUUCAAUUUCUGUUUUUUUUUUUUUUUUUUUUUUUUUUGCUGGAAAGUAACUUAAGGAAGCAUGGUCUUUAAUGUUAAUAGAUGCUAAUUGAUUGGACAGAAGACGGAAAUCAGGGGCCACCUGUUGUUUUUUAACUUUUGUUGUAAAAAUAGUUUUCCCCUUUAUCUACCUCCCAUCUCCACUCAUCAGGAUUAAUGAGCAGAAAUUGUAUGCUUUGCUGUCUAUUACAAUAGAUACAAGGACAGUAUCAAUUCCUGCAGAGAUAUACUUUAUAUUGUCAGACUUUAACAUUUUGUUGUUAUGUAAUUGCCAAUAAUGACAUUACUGAGGCCAUGGGACUAUCAGAAAACUUAUUACAGACUUAGAACAAUUUGGACUCGAAUCACAACUGUAGUCUAAUUUUUACACAUAACCUACCCCCAUAUACAGAGGUAAUAGUAUAUGCUUUUGUGAAAUGGAUAGGAUUCAAGGAAAGGAAGUGCUAAUGAUUUUAACCUCAUGGAUCUUGCCUAGAUUUGUUUAGGAGAAAGUGUAGAAUCUUAAAAAUGCAUAGCUGAUCCAAGAAUUAGCUCUAGAAAACCACCUGCAAGAGAUCCACUGAGGCUGUUAUUGGCUAUUGUCACAUACAUAUACAUUUGAAUGGCGGGACCCAGGACUGGGGUCUUUUGCCUUGUCCUGGAGGAUUCUUUUCAUUACACCACCUUGGCUUGGUUUCCUUAUAAACCCAUGUUCCUGAGAAAUGAGUCCAUGUUUACAGAACCAGCACAGCCCCAGCCUCUCUCAGAGUGUGCUUGGAAUCCUCCUUCCCUGUCAUCCCCCAAAUCUAGUCAGCCUAUUUCGGGACAAUUCAACAGACCUUUCCUUAGUAUCUGUGCCUGGCACUGCUAGGCUUCAUGAAUAGUAGCAAGAUGGGUUUUCAAAUCACCAAGAUUCUACUUUCUCUCUUAUUUAUCUUUUAAAUAAUAUGUGCUCAUUUGCUCACUCACAUAAUUUUUACUAAGCACCCACCUGUGCCCUGGUUCUGGGACACUCACUGACUAUAGAGUGGGUAACUGCAGACAUAGCCUUCUGAUUUCAGGGCAUCCUCUUCUGCUUGGAUUUAGAUUUCUGUAAUUGACUUUUUUUUUUUUUUUUACACACUUGGCCACUUUCCUGAUCCAUCCCACCCAUUACCACUGGAGUAAUCUUUCAAGAAAACUCUCUGGCCCUAUGGAAUGCUCCCCUUGCCUCAGGAUGAGGGUUACUCCAUGGGGCUUGGCAUCCUCAUUUCCUUAUUCACUCAUCUCCCUUGGCUCCUCUGUGUUAGCCCUCCAGCGCAGCAGGUCAACGUGAUUGCUGCUGCCUAAACAUGCCUCAUGUGCUCCUACCUCUGUUUCUCUGCUCAUGCCAGUCCCCCUCCUGAAAUGCCCUACCCUCCUCUUCACUGGCCCCAGUCAUACCCAUCUCUUAAGGCCCAGAUUCAUCAGUUCCGCAUGAAGAAUUCCCACCUCAUUAUAAUAUCCUCUUCCUCUAAAAACAAAGUGCUUAUCAUUUCCUUCCCUGAAGGCCAUAUAGGAAAGGUUGUUCAGAAAAUGGGCUAUAAAGUAGUGUUUUCAUUUUUGUGUGUGUCAGGGAGUUUCUACUGAUAAUCUCAUGAAAGUCCUAGACCCUAUUCCCCAAAAGUACAUAUAUACAAAUACCUAAAAUUUUACAUAUAAAUUUAGGAGGUUUAGAGAUUUGAAAUUGUUCAUGAAUUCCAUAGGGUAUUCCUGAUGGUUGAAGAGGUCUUCUAGAGUCUGUAAGUGUUAUUAUAGUUGUUUGUUCUUUAACAGAUCCUGAGAGGAUAAAAAUUAACAUGAGAUAUACAAACAAAAGCAAUCACUAUUAUCCAUGCUGAGUGUAUGUUGAGUGACAGAGAAAGAAGAAAGAAAAGCAGCUUUACAUUAUCUGAGAAAUUAUCUUUGUUUGACAGGUUUGGAGUUUUGAAAGUGAUAGGGUUCUGCUUGUUGUCAGCAUUGUUUAUCCUUUAACCAUCCAAAAAGUUGAUUCGUCAAAGUGAGUUCCAGACCAAUUGAAUUUCAUUUCAGCCCUGAAACCCACCACUUCUGCAUGAGUAGACCACUUGGUAAGGGGCUUUAUGGGAAAGAUUUUUCCCAGGAAGAUUUUUCCUAGGAAGAAGAUCCACAUAAUCACUUUUCCUGUAUUCAUUCAUUUUUGUAUGGAAAAAUUGUGGAAUGUAUUAUCAUUCAAAGAAUAGAGUCUUUUUUGUUAAUAGGGAAUGACUGAGGUUAUCCUUUUCUUUUUUAACAGAGUGAAAUUAUUUUCAUUUCAAUUCUUGAUUAUGACCCAGGGUCCUUUGUUCUUUAUGUGUAUUAUUGUUUAAGAUGAGCAAGUACUGGUGAAAGUUUAUCCAAUGAUACAUCUUUCCCAGUCUAAAUGCUGAGCUCUGCCAGCCCAUCUUGAGCAGGUCCAGGGAACGAUUGCUUGUGAUUGUAAACUGCUGGACACCAAUUGCUCUGGUGCUCUGAAUGAAACGUUCACAGUUCAAAAGUAUCUUCUUGGUGGGUGCAGAGGGAGGUGCCCCUUACCUGUAGGAUUCUUGCCACUGUCAUAGAUAAAUGCAAACAUCUGUGGGAUGUUUGCCUCUUUUGAAUUCCUUAGCAGAAACUUUGUUUUUUUAGUCCCUGACUUUCAAGUAUAUAUUAAAAUAUUUAAGUUUCCUAAAUAUUUAAGAUAAGAUUUGCUAGAAAGAGCAAUUUAUUGGCCUUGCCCAUUGGAGAUGGUUAUACAGGGUACUGACAAAUAGCAUGGAUGACAUUGUGACUUCCUUGAUCAUUCUGGCUCUUGCCAAAGCAGGAAACUUGUCCCCAAAUGUUAGCUCUCCAAAACUCAUUCUGUUGGCUAGACCAUGACAAACUAGGAAGCUUGGUUUUCGUGAGGAUUAUAGUCUCCAAGUGUCUAAUUUGUGGGUAAAUAAAGGGAGCCAUUAGAAUAAUAAAACUAAUAACUAAUGGAAAUCCUGAAUCAUUUCAGUGGGAAAACAAGUUACCUCGAGUGAAAGGUUAGUAUAGUACCCUGAAGUUUUGUAUAUAAUUAAAUAAUUUCAAAAAUGAACUUGGUAGCCGUCUUGCAUUAUUUUUAAAGAAAAUUCCUUUUGUCUCUCAUUACAGCUUUAAAUGUUUUGAAACUAUCCACUACACAUAGAGCAAUAUGUAUAUUUAUCAAAAUCAAUUAAUUUUAUAGAAAGUAGUGUCACUAAAAGAUUAGUUUACCUUCCACCCUUCACCAGCAAGUAUUUAUUUUUAUUUAUUUGUUUGUUUUUAUUCUGUAGCACUAGAAUAAUUUUUCAUUUAUCAAUAAUAUUUAAAUAGUUUCUUUAGUAAUUUUUCUCAAAAAAAAUUCCCCAUCACUUUAAAAAAAUAAGAUCCAGCUUUUGAAUUGCUGUGUUAAUUAGUGGUGGCUGACCAGAGAGAAUAAUAUAAUUUUUCAUUGAAGGACUUGAAGAGAGGAAUGCUUCGGACAUUUACUAUCAUCUCCCCCUUUCAAACAGCAAUCUAUGGACUUCCCCCUUUAAUAGUUCAGAAUUGAAGUGUUCUUUCAUAUUGCCUUCCACUCCUUUCACCCCCCUCAGUAAGAGAUCACAGUUUAUUAACCAUGUCUAAUGGUUACUUUUUUAUGUUUAACUAAUUAUAUGUGAUGUUUUUCUUUUUUACAGCAGUAAGAUAAAGACAAUGUUCGAAUAUUGGAUGGACCUCUGCUUCAGUAGGGGUGUUUGUGUUACUCCUGUCAAAAUGAUUUUUACCUCCCAUAGUAAUAAGCAUCAUGGAUCAGAUCACGCUUGUUAUAAGCAUAUGAAUUUUUCCCCCAGUUAUCUGCAUGAUAUUGAAUGUCUGACAACUAAACACUGAUGUGAGUGAGGGUUUCUCCAGGGUGAUGUUUGGGAAAGUGAGGUACUGAGUCCUUUUUUUGAGGGUAUUAGAAUUUCACUGAGCAGGAAGAGAGAAGGAAACAGUACCAAUUUCCAGAGCUUCAAGCAACCAGGUGAUAUGGUUGCUGUGGAGAUGUGUCAGGCACCUGGAAAGUUUUCUAGGUGUUUACAUCUUACUAAAAAUAAAAAGUACAUGUUUACAAAUCAAAACCAAAUGCAAUCUAUGCAGGGAAGGAUUGUCAUGGAUAUACAAGUGGCCAGUGUAGGAGACACUGAAGUAACAUUUACCUUUAUCUUAACUGCCAAUCUGUGCCCCUGGAUUGCUCCAGGCUAGAGAACUUGGAGGGUAAGUCAGAGGGGCUGGCCCCGAUAUCUUUCCUUUAAUUUUGGAAGUUCCUUCUAGUCUCUCAAAAGUGCAUUUUAUUUUAGAGAAGACUUUUUUUUUUUUUAAUGUUUGAAGACGCCCUAAAUCAUCCCUAUUUAGGUGCGGAUCUCCAAACCUUUGUUUUUAUUCAUCUCAUCAGCAAAACUUUCUGUGCACGCCCCUCAGAAUAUUAUUCAUGGUAUACAUAUAUGUAUACAUUACUGUAUAUGUAUAUAUUGCUCUACUGAUGUAUAAUGUACGUUAAGAAUCAUAACAGGCAUAGAAAUUUAAAAAGCUUAUUCUCCAGUAAUCACUAGAGUUUCUGAGGAAUGGGGCAAGUGAUACUUACAAGUAGCACCCAGAAAGGCAUAAUUGAUUAAAGAAUGUGUCUGUAACGUGUGGCCAAAUACAUAUAAAAUAGGCAUGGAUGCAUGAUUUUAGGUCAAGGUAUUUAUUUAUUUUUAUUUAAAGUUGGCAUUUUUUAAAAUUUCAAAGUAGGCAUUUGUGGUUAGGGGAAGGGAAGAGUGAAUAAUUAUAUGCCACUUUUAUGAAAGCUCUUUUUCAUUCUAUUUUUGAGACCGCUUGAUCUAGGAUACCUUGAACAUUCCUGAAAGAUUUUGCAAUAAAAUACACUGAUUUAAGAAAAAGAAGAAAAGAAAGAGGGAGGGACCCAAAUAAUACAAAUGCAAGAUGUAUUGCCAGAUUUCAACACCAAUCAGAAAACACAUUUUGAUAAUACACAGUAAUCAUCAUCUCACUAAUCAUAUGUUUAUCUUCUAUUUGUUUAUAACGUCAUGUAUCCAAAUGUGUGAAUAUGUACAGAUUUAUUUUCUCUUAUCUGAGGUAGCAAGGGCCAAUGCUGGCAUGAUUUGAACCAUGUUUCAGCUGCUUGGGGGCUGACGUUGGACACUGCCUGAGACAUUUACCUGUACUUUCUGUUUUGCAAACACAAUGAAUAGCAUCUUGCUGAUCAAGGGCCCAAUGUGGAGGUGGCAUUCCAGUUUUUAUUUCUGGACCUAUGAGUUACUUUAGCACAGUUAUUGUUAGUAGUUUAUAAAGCCAUAUUUAAACUUGUACACUUGAUUGUAAGAUAGAUUUGAAUUGUGCACUAUGUUGAUUACUGUAUAUAAAUGUGGAAAUUCUGUAUAUUUGGUCUUAAUGCUGUAUGUAUUUGAUGUGUAAAUGAUAACUAAUGGAUAUGAAA